CAUUUUCCCCACCCUGCGAAGUUCAGUGCUCCAAGCCCUGUGACAGCCCCUCGAGAGAGAGAGAGGGCGGGCAUGGGGCGGCCAUGGAGACCAAGCCAGGAUCAGAGCAGCGGGUGAGCUCUUGGCCACUCCUGCCACAUCGGCCCUAGAACUGUACAGAUGGGGGUGGCAGUGACUGACAGACCACGGCAGUCUGCUGGGCGCGGUGGACUUCUCCUCGGCUGCCUUCUGUGGGCGUCAUGAGUCAAAGUUUCCAGAGAACACCCGGCUCCUCGAAGCACCCCCUGCCCACGGCACUGUCCCACCCCAACCCCUUCCCAAGGCUUCUGUCUACCCACCUUGAACCACACGAGAAGCACCAGGGGCCAGGAAAGCCCCACACGCCUGCAGCCAAGAUGUCCAGUAAACGGGCCAAGGCCAAGACCACCAAGAAGCGGCCACAGAGGGCCACGUCCAAUGUGUUCGCGAUGUUUGACCAGUCCCAGAUCCAGGAGUUUAAGGAGGCCUUCAACAUGAUCGACCAGAACCGGGAUGGCUUCAUCGACAAGGAGGACCUGCACGACAUGCUGGCCUCGAUGGGGAAGAACCCCACGGACGAGUACCUGGAGGGCAUGAUGAGCGAGGCCCCGGGGCCCAUCAACUUCACCAUGUUCCUCACCAUGUUUGGGGAGAAGCUGAACGGCACAGACCCCGAGGAUGUGAUCCGCAACGCCUUCGCCUGCUUUGACGAGGAGGCCUCAGGUUUCAUCCAUGAGGACCACCUUCGGGAGCUGCUCACCACCAUGGGUGACCGCUUCACAGAUGAGGAGGUGGACGAGAUGUACCGAGAGGCGCCCAUUGAUAAGAAAGGCAACUUCAACUACGUGGAGUUCACCCGCAUCCUCAAACACGGCGCCAAGGACAAGGACGACUAGGCCAUCCCAGCGCCCCGUGCCCGGCCCCUGUCCCAGCCACCUGCUCCCACAUACACCGUCUGCACCGGCUCCGUGCCCAGGAGCCCAGAGCCCCCUCUCAGAGGACUCUCCCCCUGAGGGGCCGGGGGCCCAGCUCCGAGUGAAGGAAACGACUGAGAAAGCACAGCACCAGGCCAGGGGCAGAGCCAGCGGGAGGCCGGUGACCCUCCGAGGAAACCCCAUCUUCUCGGGAGCUGGGCCAGGGGGCUGGCCCGGGAGGCCCCGAGGAGAGCCCCGGCCUCGGCUGUUGCCUGCCCGCUUCCAGCUGCUCCCCACAGGAAGGGCGCUGUGUCCUGGUCUGGGACACCACUCCACUUGCACCCCCCCCGCAAGCCCUUCCCCAGCCACUGCCACAAACACACGAAUCUCACCGAGGUCCCCUCUCAGAGGACAGGGUGCCACUCCCCUCCCCGACACCGUGCCCGGCCACGAGAACACACCCCACCCCACCGGGAGUGUGCUCUGGAAGAUGCAAGAGGGCGGACGUUUCGUCUUGGGGAGGCAGAGCCUAAUAGAAGGUUGAGCAUUGCUUUGGGUGUGUAUGUCUGUGGCUGGGGUGAAAUAAAGGUGCCCUGAGGCCCCAAACACCGCC